UAUAUUAGACUAACAAUGAUACUCUGUUACAGGUCAUCUAGCUACCCCAAGAAUGACACUUCAGACUGUCACUUGGAUGAGCGCCUUCCUCUGCCUCGCACAAGUUUGCUCCAUGCCCAUGCCUUGCCAGCUACAAGGACAGCUGGUGCGAAUAACCCACAACCUACUGAGAGACAUGGGGGGUCAUUUUCCUCUGGAGUGCAUGCAGGAUAAUAAUGUCUUCAUAGCAUUCCCAGCCACUGCUUUCACAACCUCCGGCGCGCCUCAGUUGAGCAGCAGUGAUCCUAAGGCUAUUUAUGAGACAUUGAAGAACAUCGACACAUUGUUUGGAGCUGAUGACCUGCCUACUAAGUGGGACCAACGGAAGUUGGAGAAUUUUCUGAAUAUUGUAUACCGUCAGAUUGAAGAGAGCAAAUGUAUGAUGGGGAGCGUGAACACAUGUGAUUAUCUAGUCAGGGUAAAGGUGCUGAAGACAUAUUUCAGGAACAUCGCAGCUGUCCUAAAAGAAAAAAAUUUCAGUUACUGCGCCUGGGAAGUGGUUCGAAAAGAGCUCCUGUACAGCCUACAGUUCAUUCUGGAACAUAACUCUGAUAGCCUUCUGUGGGCCAAAAGAACAUGAAUUUGAACUUGUAGAACUGAUUUACAUACUCUACUUGAUUUUGAUAGCCUACCGUUCUACAAUUAUGUUAUGUGCAAUGUCAAACUGCAAUUUAAUUCAAUGAUUUUAUCUAUCAAAGUUAUAUCUUUAUUUGAAAAUUGUGCAUACU